GUAGCAAAGUAGCUUUAUUGGACGAUGGACUCUCUGUGCGUAGUCACGUGCUUGAUUCUAGCAGUUGCUGAGGGUGGAGCUUCGAUAAACCCUGGCGGCAAAGGCUGCCUUGUUAUAUCGGUAAAUUCCGAUGGUGUGUCGCCGGCUAUCUGCGGGGGUUUCGGCGGCGCCGAAUGCCCGUCGGACACCGACACAUGUGCGUUCUUCUUGGAGGCGGACUUCGGUUUUUGCUGCGUCGGGUGUGGCCCAAACGCCCCGCCACCAACGGCGAGGUGCAUAAUUUCCUCGCACUGCGGCGCUAAUGAGAAGUGCGUCAAACCUGCAAACAACGCUUCGACUACUGGCGUUUGCUGUCCCAAAGAACAAGAGACUUGCAUUGCUCCAUCGGUAACCGCUGACGGAACAUCGAUCGCUAUUUGUGGAGGAUUUGCCGGCGCUCCAUGUCCGUCGCCUACCGACACCUGCCCGUUCGAGACCGGAUCUGACUUCGGCUACUGCUGUGUCGGCUGCGGCAGUGAUGCCCCGCCGCCAAAGGUCGCGUGCAAGAGUCCCAGUGAGUGCGGUCCGCGGGAGCAGUGCGUGAAACCCGUGAACAACGCCAACCAGUUGGGAGUGUGCUGCCCUACAACGAAACAAGAAAAAUGUCUAGCCCCUUCGCUGAACAGCGAUGGUGUUACGCCCGCCAUAUGCGGGGGAUUCGCCGGCGCUCUCUGUCCAUCGACUACCGACAGCUGCCCAACAGAGCCCGGAUCUGACUUCGGUUACUGCUGUGUCGGCUGCGGCAGUGACGCCCCUCCUCCCAAGGUCGCUUGCAAGAGUUCCACCCAGUGCGACUCGCGGGAGCAGUGCGUGAAACCCGUGAAUAAUGCAGGCGCGCUUGGAGUGUGUUGCCUACGACUAACACCGGGAAAAUGUGUCGCCCCGUCGGUUGCCAAGGACGGGGAAACGCCGGCAAUGUGUGGCGGUUUCAUCCCGGCACCCUGUCCGUCGCCGAUGGACGACUGUCAGAUAACAAGAGGCUCUGUCGGCGUCUGCUGCCUCACGUGCGGCCGCAAUCGUCCGCCGCCCACGGUAGCCUGUCGCAGCGCCCGCGAGUGCGGAAAGCUGGAACGCUGCGUAAAACCGGUCAAUAAUUCUGCGACCCUUGGGGUGUGCUGUCCACUGUUCGGAGGUUAUUAAACAUGCCAACAAGCAGUCUGUUCCAAAGGUCAUCUCUAAACAUCUCCGAUGAAUCGGAACUCUAGCAGAGCGAAAUAAGCUGGAACAGAUGGCCCUCAGAUUCAACAUUCUAUAUCAUUUUGUGUCUCGCUCUAUGAAAAUGGUGUUUAAUUCAUGGGCGUAACGUGUCGCCCCAUAUUACCAUGUGCAGUUUACACAUACUUAAAUGGGACGACACUUUCCGCCUAGACUGGAUUUUUGUUCAGAAAAGACGUUCUUUAAACAAUAAACUCAAUAAAAGCAGAAAGAUUCGUCCCUGAUAAGCCUGCGUGGACUGUAAAGGUUUAUCUGGGACGAAAUUUUACGCACAUGCAUGACGCCCAGUCUUUCCAGACAGAAACUACAGUUGUCACAUAUUGAUAUUAUUCGAUGUUUUUAUAUAAAUUAAUAAAAACAAAUCUGAACUUUAUAUCUACUUAAGCUCAUAUAUGCACGUAAUUCAGUUAUAAUCUUAGUAUUGUUACAGUUUAUUCGUAACUUUGUUGUUACAAUAAUUUAUUUAACCUUGCUAAAUUUAAUGCAACGAACGGUAAUGUUUUCCGUUUAGAUGCCAAAUCAAUAUUUGCAUGUACGUAUUAAUAUAUUGCAUUAUUAAAUUUAAUACAUAAAAUUGCUGCAGCUUA